AUGCCAGACUGGAACUCGCUACCCUUCGAUAUCCGCAAGGGCAUCUUGGAGUAUAUUACCACAUUUGGCCAUAUAGCACAGUACUCUACCGUCUCUGAGGAAUGGCGCUGCGAAGUAGAGGAGAAAACCUUCCACCAUAUCAGGAUUGGUACAACAGUUGUCGCCCCUUCGCCUUUUGCCGUCUACGAUUUGCACUUUCUUGAUGGUCUGCGGAAAAGACAAAAGGGGCUUAUCAGACACAUCUGGCUCAAUAUCACGCUACUGCGGUACAACUGUCCAGCUUGUUACAGCAGAGAGACAAUUGCUGAGCGGAAUCUUAAUUCAAUGACGAUUCGACUUGCCAUCAGCGCCUUGUUUGUUGUCCUGGCAGAUUGGGAGACUACCAAGGAAGGGUUGACGCUGGAGAUAAAUGCGUACUCUCCAAGUGACUCUGAACACUGGUUCCGAGGCUGGUACUUUGGAGCCCCAGGAGAAGAAGAGACUCUUAGGAGGGGGAGGCGAAUUCUUCAUUUCGGUCCAAGGCAUCCAGUCUCUGAGGAUGGCCUCCGACGACCUUUUGAGGUGCUUAGAGUCACUCCCUCAGACCUUCCUGUCGUGAGAGCAGUGACCAAGUUCCUCAUCCGCCGCCAAUGCCGUCGUCAGCUCGACUCAAACGCGUUAUCCAACAUAUGGAGGAAGCUGCCGAGCUUGGGACAUAUCAUGCACGAGUCGUGGAGACCUGGGGGAAACGUCUCUUUGUACGGCUGGGAUUUCGCUUAUGGGAGGGCACUAUGCCAUGAAUCACUGCCUACCUCAGUCAAAGGGAUAACCGUCUUUGAGGACUUCAAUAGCCAGUAUCAAUUCUUACUCAAGAAAUAUACAGUGUUCAACCAGGUGAAUCAGGGAGUACCAGUGAACCCGGGCCAGGGCACAGUUCGUACUGGAGGUCGAGCCCUCGCAGGGUUUUUCGCCAAGAAGAGCAUGCAGCUGGAGCAUCUUUCCGUUGCCUUUGUCAUUGACGCAGCUGACUUCUUCCGCGCCUGUGAUCCCGAGUGGCGAUGGAACGAGCUACGUUCGCUUACUUUAACGGCAAAGGCUCUGGUUAGAGAGACGCAGCCUGGGGAGACAUAUCAGCAGCUACAAGCUGCAGCGCGGGUUGCGCUGGGUAUGCCCAAGCUGGAGAGUCUGACGCUUUGGAACGGUGAUGUGGGCGAGGCUUGUGCGUUUGUGUAUCGGCGGUACCAGGAUGAUGUCUCGAUAACAUGGCGGGCAAAUUGGGAGUUUGAGCUAGGGUCUGAAGUGCGCAGCGCUUGGGAGGCCGUGGCCAAUAUGCAUUCUCCUCGCAGUGCUCUCAGAGUCGAGACAGAGAUGUUGAGGGGAUGUGCCCUUCUUUCUCAUGGCGAUUCGAUUCACCAUUUGGGUCUUCAUUCUGUGAUUGACAGUACUUCGUUAGAUCAGAUACAAAGGGAGAGUAGGCUCCCAAGAUCAUGGUUCAGAUAG